CACUCUGUGUUGUUCAGAGAAAGGGCUUUUAAACCUGGGCACCAAGAAGUGAGUGCCUGAGAUCAGAACUCAUAAACUGCCAGACCAUCACAGCUGAAAGGGUGGAGAGAUGAUGAUGAUGAUUAACAGCAGGAAACGUUUUUGAAAAAGUGCUCUCUACAGGUGUUUUUGUUUGUCUCGGCUUUCCCCUUUAAAAUCGUGUACUUUGCAAUAUCUUAUUUAAUCCUCACGGCAACCCAGUGGGGGUGGGUAUUAUCACUGUUUUACAGAUGUAAAAACUAAGGUGUAUAAAGUGUCCAAGAACACACAGUCAGGAGCCAGGACUCCUAAUUCCAGAGUUCGUGCUCUUAACUGCCUUUAGCUGCUUUGGUGACUGAGUCUAAUCCAACAAUUUUACAGAUGAGGCUCAGGGAGGGGAAAUUGUCUUACCCAACUUUUACGCAAGGGAAAUAGAAUUUGGGCCUCCCUUCCGGGCGCCAAUCUGGACAAGGAAUUAUCACAGAAACUCAGAUUUAAGAAACAUUUAUUAAGUAGUUGCAUCAUUGCAAUCCAUCCUCAAAGCAGCCUCCGCUAAGUAUUAUAGUACUUCGUGUUACAACACUGAUCAUAUGGGGAAAUAAGCUAAGAGGGAUAAUUCCCCCCAAGAUCAAUUUAGCAAAAUAGCGGCACUGUCGGGAUCACACAUUCAGGUUCAGAGGCUUCCAGCAGUUUCAUCAACCUAAUCCCAGGUUCCUCCUUCCUGCACCUGUGGGUAUGAACGAACUCCCCCAUCCCCGGACCUGGAGCCCGCUCAGAGCGGUGCAUUCUGGGAUUCGCCCGCGAAGAAUGCCGACUCUUUGGGCCAAUAGAAUCCGAGCAUAGGCGACUGUAUCCACCUUCGCUGUCUGCAGGUUGCUCAGGCCUCCCUCAAACUAGCCAAUGAGAAGUGCACGGGUCCUGGUCGCCUAGGAAACCGCGUGACAACAAGAUGGCGGCGCCGCGGGACGGCUAGCGGCCCUGCGUGGGAGUUCCUGACAGCUGGAUUCUAGAAGUAGAACUAUGAGCUCACCUUUGGCCUCCCUUAGCAAGACCCGGAAAGUGCCCCUGCCCUCGGAGCCUGUGAAUCCUGGGAGGCGAGGAAUCCGCAUCUACGGGGAUGAAGAUGAGGUGGACAUGUUGAGUGAUGGGCGUGGCUCAGAAGAAAAGAUCUCAGUCCCUUCCUGCUAUGGCGGCGUAGGUGCCCCUGUGAGUCGGCAAGUCCCUGCAUCCCAUGACUCGGAGCUGAUGGCCUCCAUGACGAGGAAGUUGUGGGACCUGGAACAGCAGGUGAAGGCCCAGACUGAUGAGAUCCUGUCUAAGGAUCGGAAGAUAGCAGCCCUGGAGGACCUGGUGCAGACCCUCCAGCCACACCCAGCUGAGGCAGCCCUGCAGCGGCAGGAGGAACUGGAGACGUUGUGCGUGCAGCUGCAGCGGCAGGUCAGGGAGAUGGAGGUGAGAGAGCGGUUCCUCAGUGACUAUGGCCUGCAGUGGGUGGGCGAGCCCAUGGACCAGGAGGACUCAGAGAACAAGACGGUCUCAGAGGAUGGCGAGAGGGACUGGAUGACAGCCAAGAAGUUCUGGAAGCCAGGGGACUCAUUGGCGCCCCCUGAGGUGGACUUUGACAGGCUGCUGGCCAGCCUGCAGGAUCUUAGUGAGCUGGUGGUAGAGGGUGACACCCAGGUGACACCAGUGCCCGGCGGGGCACGGCUGCGUACCCUUGAGCCCAUCCCACUGAAGCUCUACCGGAAUGGCAUCAUGAUGUUCGACGGGCCCUUCCAACCCUUCUACGAUCCCUCCACACAGCGCUGCCUCCGAGACAUAUUGGAUGGCUUCUUUCCCUCAGAGCUCCAGCGACUGUACCCCAAUGGGGUCCCCUUUAAGGUGAGUGACUUGCGCAAUCAGGUCUACCUGGAGGACGGGCUGGACCCCUUUCCAGGCGAGGGCCGUGUGGUGGGCCGGCAGCGGAUGCACAAGGCCUGGGACAGGGCGGAGGAGCACCCAGGCUCCAGGAUGACUGCUGAGAAAUUUCUGAACAGGCUCCCCAAGUUUGUGAUCCGGCAAGGCGAGGUGAUUGACAUCCGGGGCCCCAUCAGGGACACCUUGCAGAACUGCUGCCCAUUGCCUGCCCGGAUCCAGGAGAUUGUGGUGGAGACGCCCACCUUGGCCGCUGAGCGAGAGAGGUGCAUGGGAUGGCCACACUCACUGACAGGCAUGCAAAUGUGCAGUACACACCAAGGCACAAGUGUGAUAUGGACACCACAUGCAUGUGAACUGGAGGGUCACCCACCCAGACAUCUCCAGAAACCACUGGUCCAUACAGGUAUGUGUGUACCAGACAUAUCCAAACACAUGCACUAACACAGAGGUGACAGUCCCAUGAGAACAGCUCAGCCACCCUUCCCACAAAGCACAGUCUCAGCACAGUCACAACUACCAACCUUGCCCAGGGCAGGGACCCAGGAAGCCCAGGCCACAACCAACCAGACACAGUGCCAAUGGAACAGGACAUCAUUUAAUUGUCUCUAGGGUCCUCCUGGGAGAGGGACUGCGGGGCCUUUGGCAGAGCUCUGGCUGAUGGAACCAAUAGAGGUGCCCAUCAGCCAGUGCCAGGCAGGAUGGCGGCCCCAAUGCUUGGCUAGGGGCAGCCAGCAUUUGGGGCUGUUGCUUAAGACAAUUUCUGAGACUAAUGGGUAAGGAAUGUUGCCUUUGGAUGGAGAAGAGGGGACUACAUUUAGAGAGGAGGGAGGAGAAGUGGCCUGGAUUGCGGGAGGGACUCUAAGGUUAGGA